GCCGUCUGGUGAGUGCAUUUCACCGUCCAGUGACCGAUUAGCUUUCCCCGGCGGAGAAUUUCAUAUUGGCAUUGUAAACGGGCAAAGAGCUUGAAGCAGUGAAGCAGAGCCUCGGAUUCAUCCUUGUUUGCUCCGUUCUGUAGAAUCAGAGACCGCCAUGGAAGUUCUGCUAUGUCCGGAGCCUUCUCUCUCGAUUCGGAUCGCUGAACCUUGCCGCCUCAACCGUUUGAAUAUUCGAAGCUCUCUGCGAUUUCCCGCUGAAAUUGGAGGUCGUUGGAUCGCCCGAGCUCGCCUGCCGGCUGUGAAAGCUGUUAUAGACUCGGCGACGCUGGAUCAAUUAGGAAUGACGGAAUCCGAGAUUAGGAAUCCCGCGGUUUCUUCCACGUAUCGGAGCUCGAAGUUGCCGAAGCCGAAUCAGACUGUGCUGGAAGCGCAAGCUAGGGUUUGCACCGGACCUGAAAUGACAAAGCCGCUUAGCGAGGAGCAAGCUUUCAAAGUUUUCGAUACCAUUUUAAGAUCAGUGAGGGGUGAGCUCAAAGACGAAGACAGAGUUUCCAGAGCACAGCUCGGGGCUUUCUUUGCUGGAAUGACGAUACGUGCGAAUGCCUUCCCUGAAGCUACUCAGUGGAGUGAAGGAGAAAAGCGUGCAAUUGGCACGUUUUGGCCCCAGCUGGUCCGAGCUUUACCACCUGAUGUGGUCUUCAUUGCUGAUCCUGAGGGCUCUAUAAUGGGGAGUUCGAUAGGGCCGCAGUUUGUUGGCAAUGAUACGACUGAGAUGAGAUUGGUUGGUGCGCUUAGGGAGGUAUUAGCUGGGGGCCAUCUCGGGUACGAGGAGGUCCAAGGUGUGCUGAGAGAUGUUCUUCCCUUAAAUGUUGAAGAAGAUGGCAAAGACAGUUCGAAAGAGUCGUUGGUUUCGGCAUUCCUAAUUGGUCAGCGGGUGAACAGGGAGACAGAUCGUGAAUUGAAAGCAUAUUGUCUUGCUUUUGAUGAUGAACUGGGUCCUCCUCCAGUUGCUGAUGUUAGAUCAUUGACCCAUUAUGGCGAACCUUAUGAUGGAAACACACGUUUCUUCCGGAGCACGUUGUUUGUUGCUGCUGUUAGAUCCUGUUACGGUGAAUCUUCAUUGCUUCAUGGUGUGGACUGGAUGCCACCUAAGGGAGGCAUAACUGAAGAACAAAUGCUGAAGUUCAUGGGUGCAAAUACACACCUCACCCCGUUGCAGGCCAAAGAUCUUCUUGAGGAUAAGGAUCUUGGUUUUGCCUACUUAAGUCAGCGUGAGGCUCGCCCAUCCCUAUAUUCAUUAAUUCAGUUGAGGGAGCACAUAAAAAAGCGUCCCCCGCUGGCAACCACAGAAAAGGUUCAACAAUUAGUAAGGGCCAGUGGAAGAGAAGCAGUUGUUGCUGGAUUCUAUCAUGAAGGCUAUGAGGAGCCGCUUUUGAUGCUUAUGAGAAGAAGAGGUGUACAUUCCGGUUUGGUGGUUAAGGGAGAGGAAGGCGCACUCUCUAUGACAACAAGACUGAAGUCAGGAAAUGCCUCAAAAGGACUUCCAGUCAACUACUGCUCAGGAUUUCGCUCAUCUACUACAGCAUCUGCUCUUGAAGUCGACGGUGUCUCACGUCAGAGCUUCAGCAUUGUGGUCGACGCCAAGGAUUAUGGCUUUCAAUCCACCGAUACUCCAAGAACAGAUAGAUCAGUUUCCAAGAACAUAGAGCUGGGUCUGGCAGCUCUUCAUGGCCAAAAGGGACCUGCAUAUGAUCGUAUCGUACUAAAUGCAGGAAUGAUCGAUCACUUGCUGGGAUGUGAUGGUGCAGAAGAUGUACAUUCAGCCCUAGAUAGGGCCAGAGAAGCCAUCGAUAGUGGUCGAGCGCUCAAAAGGUUCCUAAAUUAUAUCAAGGCUAGUAAUAAGAUGAAAUGAAUGAGCUCUUUCAUUAGCCUUUUGACCGGUGUAACAUGUUACCUUCUUUCUCGUCCUAGAUCAGAGUUUGAAAGGGAAAAUCCACAGUUACAUGUAAUUUAUAGAACAUUUUCGUAGAAUCACAAGAACAUCGAAGUUUGGAGCAAAUAGAUGUUUAUAAAGUUCUUCCAGCUUU